AACGAAAACGAUAAAAACUUAUAUUUUUUAAUCGUGUUUUGUUCCGACGUUCGUGUUUGCGUACGAAAUGAACAAAAGCAAAGAACACAAUGCGAAAAACCAACGGAUUCAGGUCUUCGCUCGUUGCAGGCCAUUAAAUAGCUUUGAGAAAAGACAAGGUUCACCAUCAAUUGUUGAAGUUAUACCUGAAAGGAAAGAAAUUGUAUUGAAGGAUAAAAACCACAACAGAGAGUUCUUUUUUGAUAAGGUUUUCCCAAUAGAUUCUGAGCAGAUCUCUGUUUACAAAGCUGUUGUAGCACCACUCAUAAAAGAAGUUCUAAAUGGAUACAACUGUACAGUGUUUGCAUAUGGCCAGACUGGUACUGGAAAAACAUAUACAAUGGAAGGUGGAGAGAGGGGAGAUUCAAAGUGUUCUUGGGAAGAAGAUCCCAGUGCAGGAAUAAUUCCUCGAUCACUCCAUCAAUUAUUUGAAGAAUUAACAAAAGAAGAAAAUGUUGAAUUUACUGUCCGUGUAUCGUUUCUUGAAUUGUAUAAUGAAGAAUUAUUUGAUCUAUUGAGUUUAACAGAACUGUCAAGAUUGCGAUUGUUUGAAGAUUCCUCAAAAAAAGGGUCUGUUAUUAUCCAAGGGUUAGAAGAAGUUAAGGUUGAUUCCAAGGAUGAAGUUUAUAGUAUACUGGAAAAAGGCACUUCAAGGAGACAAACUGCAGCUACCCUUCUUAAUGCUGCUUCCAGUAGAAGUCAUACAGUUUUUUCUGUAACUGUGCGUGUAAAAGAAAAUACAAUAGAUGGGGAAGAACUCAUCAAAACUGGAAAAUUGAAUUUAGUUGAUUUGGCUGGCAGUGAAAAUGUUGGACGUUCUGGAGCAGUUGACAAAAGAGCUAGAGAAGCUGGUAAUAUAAAUCAAAGCCUUCUCACUUUAGGAAGAGUCAUUACAGCUUUGAUUGAGAAGCAACCACAUGUUCCUUACAGAGAAAGUAAACUGACACGGCUUUUACAAGACUCACUAGGUGGACAUACAAAAACAUCUAUUAUUGCUACAAUAUCUCCUGCACUGUGCAAUUUUGAUGAAACACUCAGUACCUUAGACUAUGCAACGAAAGCAAAGAGCAUUACUAUCAGACCAGAAGUAAAUCAGAAAAUGACAAAGCGUGCUCUCAUAAGGGAAUAUGCAGAUGAAAUAGAGAAACUUAGAAAAGAUCUUGUUGCACUACGUUCGAAAGAAGGGUUUUUUGUUGAUUUGGAAAAUUAUAACAACAUGUUAGCUGAUCUUACAAAGAAGACAGAAAUGAUCACUGAGUUGACAGACACAAACAGCUUAUUAAAGGAAGAAAAUAUGAAGAAUGAGCAGGCUUUUAAUGCUGCAAAGGAUGAACUUGCAAAGAUUACUAAGCAACUGAAUGAAACAAUAAACAAAUAUGAGGAAACUGCUUCUGAUCUUGUGCAAAAAACAAAUGCUCUAAAUGUUACCCGAAAGGUUUUGUCUGAAAGAACUCUAGAAAGAGAUGAAAAGCAAUUUAUAGUCAAUGUUCAAAGCGAAACAGAAAAGAAGUUAACUCAUCAGGCAAAACAAUUGCUCUGCGUGGCUGAUAAGACAACGGAGGAUGUUGAAAAACUUCAUGCAAAAAUUGACAGGAAACUGUUGGUUGACAAAACCAAUGAAGAAAGACUACAAGCAUUCCGUAUUAUGUGUCAGCAACAAUUUUCCAAACUGGAUACAAUGGUUUCAAAAACCGAAAGUGGACAAGUAGACUAUUUUCGAGAGAUAAAGACUGAUUUAGAUAUUCUUGAAAGUGGACUGAAAUGCUAUCAGAGGGAAACAAGUUCUGUUUUAAAGGAUGUAUGUAGUCAUUAUGCUUCUGAUACAGCUCAUAUUGCAUCUCAGUUGGAAUCUCAAAGGGAUGUACAAAUUCAGAUGGAAAACACAUUAUUCCAAGAAAUCAUUGACCAAAAAGAUGCACUGCUGGAAAAGCAAAAUUUAUUUAUGAAAGAAAAAUUCCCUCAGCUUAUUAACAACUUAAAUGAAAUGAAUAAUGAAGUGAUCUCUUGGUUUUCUCAGAUUCAUCAGCAGUUAUUACAAAAGAUUGAUAUUCAGAAAAGCAUUGCUGACCAGCGCACAAAAAUUCAAAGAAGUUUAUUAUCUUCAAUACAGGAAUCCAUAAAUUUAUUUCACACUGAACAUGAAGAAUUAUUACAGAUCAUGCAUGAAAAAACAUCUGAAAUUUCCACAAGUCAAAGUAAUCUUGAAGAGGAUGUGGAGAAAGCUUUUGAAAUCAUUCGUAAAAGUAUUAGGAAAACAAAAGAGGAUGCUUCAAAGAUUGAAGAAGUUAAUGUUAGUUUAAGAAGCUCUGCCACAGCAUUGAAAGCUACUAAGAAUCCAGUAGAGGAAAUACUACAGACAGUAAACGAUACUUGUGAGAGUAAUACAAAAUCUAGAUCUGAAUUAUCUAGUGUAAUAGACUCAAAUAAAAUCAGAGAUAUUAAAGAAUCUUUGGGCCAAGUAAAUGAAAAUAUUUCAACAGAAGUAAUAAAAUUUUGCAACACAAUUAAAGAGAUUGAAAAAUCUAACCUGCAAGAAAUCAAAAACAAAUUACAACUUCACACCUCCACAAUAACCGAAAACACGCAAGUUAUGAAGUCGGACGUUGAGAAAAUGAAGUGUAGUAGUGAAGCAGCAGUUCAAAGUUUACAGUUACGGCUGCAAAAGAAGAAUGAAGAGCUCCAAGACUCUACCAUUAAAAUUUCUAAUAUAAUAUUGGAGUCACAAAACAGAUUAGAAAGUUCCAGUUCUGACUUAAAAGAAGAAAUUAAAAAAAGAGACGUUGAAUUGGAAAAAUUUAUUUCCAGAGACAUUGUGCAUGAUGUUCCUACAGGAACUACACCUCAAAGAAAAAAUUAUGUCUACCCAAAAGAAUUGGCUGCUACAUCACCUGAGCCAAGGCUGCUUCAAAGAUUCUACUCUCAACUAGAAGACAGUACAGCUAUUAAUCAGCCCUUAGAUUCAAGUUUUGAUGAAAAUGAGGAAUCCAAGUACAGUCCCAAUUGUGCAAAUUCAGGGUCAUCAGACGUUAGUGUAUCAUCAACUUUGGAUGAAGAUUAUGCAUCCUCAGUGUCUGAUGCUGGUGGAGAAGAAAAGGAAAAUCAAAGGCACAGGAAGAAAACUUCAAAGUUGCCAAAAAAGUUACCUUCAAAUAAACUGUUCAAAAAUACAGACUUUAUCAAGCCUGCAACUCCACCCAAGAAAAAGCCAUUUUGCUCGAAUAAUUCCUCUACGGAAAAUUUAAUAUAAAAUAAAGGGCCUGUUUUAGGAUAUAGUACUUUAUAUAUUGCACUAAUCAUAUUUUUUAACU